CCAUGACUCCAUGGCUCGUAGUAGAGCCAACAGCAAACAUGUUGUCCCGCAUUUCCUCAGCGUAGUCUUGCGUCUUGAGUCUUGCGUCGCGACUGCUGCCUCUUGAGUCUUGCGUCUCGUCCCAGGGGGACUGCCUCUUGCCGCAUCGCAUGGCACCGCAUCGCGACGCCUCUUUACGUCGCUCGACUCUCUUAGCGCGCACUCUUUCUAAGAGCGUGUAUUCCCAAUAAUAACGCUGCGACGAGCCGUAUCACUGCAUCUCGAUCGAUUAUUUACUAGCGGUUUUCUUUUCUCUUUUCUUUUUCAAAGGCCCUGGAAUUGCCAGCGCUCGGAGAAGCAUGAUCAACUCGGGCGGACCGCUCACUUAACUCUGGUCAAGGCCACGCCAAGACAAGUACCGUCUGCAUAAUCAACACCAAGUAGCGUCGACAUGAAAGCAUCCUCGUGAAUCCACGGGCACACGUCGAAAUUUGUACUGCGAGUUCUCACCUCGAAAUUCGUACUGCGAUUUCUCACGUCGAAAUUCGUACUGUCACGAUUUCUCACGUCGAACUUGGUCACUCGCACGAUGGCGACCCUCAGAUUCACUCCCAGCAAACAAAUCCCCGUUAUAGGACCUCCCGCUUCACGGAAAAUUGUCCAGCAACGGAAAUCUAUUCUCAACAGCGCCGCUGGCGGUGCCAGCGGGCUCUCUCGGCCGCGCCCUCACGCCGCCGCCAUGCUGCUUCUACUUGCCCUGCCGCUCGUGCUCGGGGAAUUUCUCCCAGGCCUAAACGUAGGGUGCUGCGGCUCUGCGACUACCAACGCCGGCCCUGGUACGGCUCCCACCAGAAGUAGCGUUGUUACGGCGCGAGGGGGGCUCGGCCGGAGAGCGCGGUUUAUGGGCUGGCACGGUAGCAGCGCCGCUACUACUCGUAGGCUUAUUCGUGGGGCGAGUAGACGCAAUGGCGGCGGCGGCAGCAGCAGCAGCAGCGGCGAGCGUGGCAGGAGUGGCGGCACUCGAGGUCAUGCUUUUCGCGAUAAGAUGGACGUUGUUAUGGCAGGAAGAGUCCUCGAAGCUUCGCUCUCGUCAGUUUCUAGGAGUCUGGUUUCUGCAGCAGAAAGCUCAUCUGCCUCCGCCAAUCUCCUACUCAACCCCAGCUUGGAGGGGGCCAGCUGGAACAACUACGGCAGCGCAGUCACCUCCGCCUGCUUCCCCCCUUCCGCCUCUGCUGCGCCCUCCGGCCCUCUCCUGGGCACCUGCGGGAUCCGCCUCGCUCCCUCCUGCCCAUCUGGCUCAGGUGCCUCCUGCUGGGGCGCCCUGGGUCAGGUGGUUUCAACAGAGCCAGGUGCCAUGUACCAGCUACAGUUCUACCUGGCCGUUCCAGCACCAACUUCCUCCUCUUCCUCCUCCUCUUCUUCCUCCUCCUCUUCCUCUUCCUCCCCGUCCUCCUCCCCCCCCCCACCGUUUGAGCUCCAAGUGAAGAUCGGUGGUGCAUCAGUGCUCUUCACAUCCGAAUCUACCACCAGCAGCAGCAGCAGCAGCAGCAGCAGCGUCGGAGGGCUGGUGACGGGGCAAUUCGCGAUGGGAUCCGUGCUGUUUGCAGCAGGCGGUAGCGGCAACACGAGCAUAGUGUUCCAAGUGAACAGCACGGCUGUCAGCACUGUCGUUGACGCCGCUGUGCUCACCCGGAUCUAUGCCAAUGGAAUGGUUGGAUGAAUGAACGAUUGAAUGAGCCAUCACUAACACACACACGCGACGAAGCACCACUACUACUCUUCAUGCUAGGCUCACUCCCCCACUGCGACAUACCCUCUUGAUUCUGCCACUCUGACUGCCCACACACCUCACCACCUCACCACCUCACCACCUCACCACCUCACCACCUCACCACCUCACCACCUCAC